CACACGGCAGCAGCAGCGUCAUCAACAGGAAUCAAAAUGGCUCUCUUCUUCGAUUCAUGGGGGACUGAAAUGUUGGCUCUCCUGACAACUAUUUUUGCGAUUCUUUACGUCACAUUUAAAAUCAAUUAUACAUACUGGAAGAAGAAAGGUUUGCCAUAUUUGGAGCCAACUUUCCCGCUGGGGAAUGCCUGGAACACGACACUAAUGAGGAAGAACCCUAGCGAGGACCUGCGGGACAUCUAUUUAGAAACAGAUGGCAAGGAUGUCGUCGGUAUUUACGCAUUAAACUACCCUGUCCUCGUUGUGCGGGAUCCAGAGUUGAUCAAAACAAUUCUAGUAAAGGAUUUCAACCACUUUCCCGACCGGGGCAUCUACAUCGACGAGGAGACAGAUCCCCUGUCAGUACACCUUUUCUUCCUCGGUGGCCCCAAGUGGCGGUCUCUGCGCCAGAAGCUGACACCCACAUUCACGUCGGGAAAAAUGCGCGCCAUGUUCGGUAUAGUGCGCGACAAUGCACGCAUUCUGGUUGACGUCACACCUGUGGGCAUUGUUGUGGAAGUCCGCGAGCUGGUUGCCCGCUACACUACUGACGUCAUCGCAUCCUGCGCUUUCGGCAUCGACAUCGACAGUCAGCACAAACCAGACGCGGAGUUCCGUCAGUGGGGGCUGCGCUUCUUCAAGCCAUCCCUGCGUACCUUCUUGACUCAGUCUCUGGGCUUCUCUAAUCCCAAACUGCGCAAACUGCUGCCUCUACCCUUCACGCCAAAGGAUGUCGCAGAGUACUUCACACGCGUCGUCAAUGACACAGUCAAACACCGAGAGGAGACAGGUGUCAUUAGGAAGGACUUCUUACAGUUGAUGAUUCAGCUGAAGAAUAAAGGAUAUGUCGAUGACAGCUUCUUGAUUCAACGGCAGAAGAAUGAGGAAGAAAAAAGUAAGACACUGACGAUCAGCGAGGUGGCAGCACAGUCGUGGGAGUUCUUUCUCGCUGGGUUCGAAACUUCCUCCACCACGAUAAGCUUCUGCCUGUACGAGCUCGCUAGACACCCGGAUAUCCAGAAGAAACUGCAAGAAGAAAUUGACGACAUACUGGAAAAGAACAACGGCGAUGUGACAUAUGAAGAUAUAAUGACCCAGAUGCCUUACUUGGAAAAGGUUGUGAACGAAACCCUUCGAAUGCACCCCGCCGCUCCAUUUCUGAAUCGUGAGGUCGAGAAGGAUUAUAAGCUGCCAGGAAACGAUUGUGUCUUGGAAAAAGGGACUAAGGUGAUCGUUCCAGUCCUGGGACUCCAUCAUGACAAGAAGUUCUAUCGAAACCCUGAGGAAUUCGACCCGGAGCACUUCUCUACGGAGCAGAAGGCAUCGAGGCAUCCUUUCAGCUUUCUGCCUUUUGGCGAAGGUCCACGCAUUUGCAUUGGUAUGCGGUUCGCGUUGAUGCAGGUGAAGACGGCGAUAGUACAUCUGCUGUCAAACUUUGACUUACUGCCUGUUGGAGACAUGAAGCUACGCUUGGCUCCGAGCAUCCCAGUGCCGACACCAAUUGGCGGAAUCAACCUGAGGUUGGAGCGGCGACAAAAGCCUGUGUGCUGAAGACCUGCAGAUACUACGCUCUGCUCUGCAGAAAUGUCUGUUCACAUCCGCUGACAAGCGGAUCCAGGAUUAGCAAUUUUCCGAGGUGGAACAUUAGCGCCAUCUUGUUAAUAAGAUUGUGUUGUUGAAGAUUUUGGCUAGUGACCAUUUUCAUAUUGAUACUACUAUGUAACAACGUGUGUCAUUCAUUUUUCCUACAUUGUAUGGAGUGUUCAUUAAGACUGUUAUCACUGUAAA